AUGAAUAUUUUUGCGUUGUGCCGGGAUAUGAGUUUGCCCAACGACCAUGGCAACCUGUUCCGUGGGCCGAUUGGUGGCACGAAACCAAACGAGAUGCCUGAGCUGCAUGAAGUGUUAUGGCUUCUUUCACUCAGUGGGCAUCCCCGUUUGCACGCUGCAGGCCUCGCUCGUGUUGCUGUGAAUUUUUGCUUGUUGGGUUACCCAGCACUGAUGCCGUCGAACCAUCAUCAAAGCAAGAUUACCAAUGCAGCGCAGGGCUCGACACCAGUGCCAGGAAAGCGAGGAGAAACCGAUUGCAAACACUCCAUCAUAUUUCGUGGCGAAACUAACGAAAAUUCGUGGUUUUCGAGCAACGGCGGAAUGUACAUUGACAGCCUCUUUGGGCUCUGGUGGAAUUUCGUGCUGCGUGGCUCGUCGGUUCGGGCCUUGGCAUUGAUGGAGACGGUGCAGUUUGGCGGUUUUCACAGGGAUUUCGACCGUACCUUAUGCCAAGACAAAGCCGCCCAGUUGCAGGCGAGCACUUCGCCCCACAAUUCAUCGCCUCAAAUACCAUUGAAACCUGUUCAUUCUGGUGAUGUCAACCCACCCUCCUAA